GACAGAGUUAUGUUGAGAAUAAUAUAGAGCAUUUUUGUGGAAGUUUACUUUAUAAACAGAGAGGUAUUCCCUCAAUAUUAAACUUUCAAAGGUCACCAAGAGAAAUGGAGGAGAAGAGAGCUAUGUUGAUCUCGCUGAUCCUAUUCAUGUUGUUUUCCAGUUUUACAUUCGAAAUAGUGGCUGCAGAGAGUUACUGCCAUGCGCAACGCCGGGUAUUAAUAAACGCGUGCAAGAGAUUGAUCAUAAGACAGUCUCCAACAACUGAAUAUUGUCUUCGGAUCAGGAAGACUCCUAUGUGGUGCGUUUGUUCUAUCAUAACUCCACAGCUGGCGGCCCUCGUCAAUGCCAAUGAUAUAAAUUACGCGGUUGGGGUCAUCCGUCAAUGCGGUCGACCAGUAGCCCGUGGUACUAAGUGUGGAAGUCUUACGGCUCCUUGGGUGACGGUUAAUAGGAAAUCGCGAUGCGUCUAAAAUAAUGGACUAUGUUGUAACGUUUCAGCGUUGUUAAAUGCCAAUUCUGGUCUCGUUAAAUCUCUUUUGUUCACGUCUAAUAAAAUAAUUUUAUAAAGAAA